AUGGGAGCCCCGAACCAGAAACCCAUCCUCAUCAUCGGCGCCGGUCUCAGCGGCCUUCUCCUGGCCCAGUACCUGCGCAAGACCGGCAGCGUCGUGCCCGUCCUCCUCUUCGAGCGGGAUGCCGACUUGACCACCCGCGGGCUCGGCUGGGGGUUGACCCUGCACUGGUCCCUCCCCGCCCUGCGCGCCUUACUGCCAGAGGACCUGUUCAACCGGCUGCCGGAGGCCUACGUCGACCGGGCUGCCGUCGAGGAGGGCCGGCCGUCCACCUUCCCCUUCUUCGACCUCAGCACGGGCGAGCUCAAGGCCAAGACGCCCAACGCCUCCGUGUCGCAGCGCAUUAGAUGGGGUAAGGCAGUCAACAACGUUGAGACCGCCCAGGACGGAACCGUCACAGCGACCUUUGAUGAUGGCACGUCUUAUGAGGGCAGCCUCGCUGUGGCCUGUGAUGGUGGCAGCUCUCGCAUCCGCGCGUUGCUAUUUCCAGAGCAGCAAAAAUACCAUAUCCCUGUGAGGUUGCUGGGCGUUAAGAUCGACUGCACUCCAGAGGAAAUUGAGCCGUUGCGGAAACUAGACCCCUUCUUCCUCCAGGGAGCGGCAUCUCAAAACGACUCGUUUGUGUACAUCAGUGUUCUCGAUGCUCCCAACAACACCCCGGAAGGCAAUGGCGGUAAAUACACCUGCCAGAUGGUCUUCUCCUGGCCGAUCCGCGAGGGUUUCUUCAACGAGGCAGCGCCCAUCGCUUGUCCAGAAACACCCGAGGGCCGCAUCGCAUUGAUCAAAAGGUUUGCCGAAACAUGGGCAGAGCCAUUCCGAUCUCUCGCCCUCAGCAUCCCCGCCGGCACUGAAGUCAAGUCGCUCGAGCUCUACGAUUGGCCACCGCCCAAAGACCUGCGCACCACAGGCCAUGUGGCCCUGGCGGGGGAUGCGCUGCACCCGAUGGCCAUGUACCGCGGCGAAGGCGCCAACCACGCCAUCCAAGACGUGCUAGACCUCGCCGAACUCGUAAUCCCCCAAUUUCAAUCCAUCGACGUCAACAACAACCCCACCACCACCACCACCACCAGCAGCACGGGCACAGACACCCUCCGCACCGCGCUGGACCGUUACGAGGCCAAAGUGGUGGGCCGCACGCGCCCCGCCGUCUUGGCGUCGCGCCAGGCGUGCUUGGACGCGCACCGGUGGAGCCGCAUCACCGAAACCAGCCCGCUGCUGACCCGGCGGCGGAUGGAUUUGGAGUUUGACGAGACGGAUCUGGAAUGA